GAUAUAAGAAGUUUCAUUCAGCGUUUGUAGCAUUCGGAAUCACACAUCGCUUGGCUGCGCAACUUCUAAUUUAUUUAUUUAUAUUAUCAGAUCGAACAUAAUUUUUUUUUAAAAUGUUUAAAUUUUUGUGCUUGUUGGUUGGAUCUGCACUUCUUAUCGAAGCUUCUCCAGUUCCUUCGGAGAUAACGGAAGCUGCGAAAGAUGGCAACUGGGACAUCUUCAACACACUUUUGCGUCAAUAUAAUCAAAAUAAUAAUUGGGUGCCUGCAUUUACUGGUAAUGUCGAAAACCUGAAUCCAGAUGGCAAAUCAUAUGUUUAUGGCCAUUCAGUCUCCGCUUACAAGGUGCGGCAUAAUGACAACGGAAAAGUGACUGAAGAUGGCCAAGGUGUUGAAGUGAUCAACGAUAACGGUCAUAUCACGAAACACGAGUUCAAACCCUAAAAAUUUGAAUUUGGAAUAACCUGUGAUUGGCUGACGAAAAAAAUAAUAUGCUAGUUUAACUUCGAUUCAUAAAACUAAUACAAAAUGUGACAUAAUUUUAAAUCUAAUAAUGUAACUUGAACAAUUUUCGAAAGAUUCAAAUUAAUUAAUUUAUAUUAUUAAAAUAAAAAAAUGUUAGAAUACUUUAAAUAUAGUUUAGUAGUAGCUUAGAAAGCAUAUCAAAUUAAA